GAAAUUGGGCACAGAAGGGUUUAUGAAGGAGCUGUGUAAUGGGUUUCGGUUGUUGAUGGAUGGAGAGAGAGGUGUGUGAUCACAUUUGAGAGCUUGAAGAAGAACUCGGCGCUGCUAGGGUUGCAGGACAUGAGCGAUGAGGAGGUGGUGUGCAUGUUGAGAGAAGGUGAUUUGGAUGGAGAUGGUGCUUUGAAUGAGAUGGAGUUUUGUACUCUCAUGUUUAGGCUUAGUCCUGCCUUGAUGAUGGAUUCUAAAAAUUUGUUGGUUGAAGCUAUUGUUAAUUUGUAAACCAUAUCCGCUGGUAUUAUGUUAUAUUCUCUCUUCAUUUUCUUUCACUAUUAUCAUUUUUAUAUUUUUUUUUCCUUUUUUAUCCUUUUUUUUUUUUUAUUUCUAUGAACUUAGAUGCUUAAAUCUGAUAAUAGGCUUAGGCCAAACAAUAAAAAUGACUUUUUAAA